AUGUUGGAAAAUGGCAUCAGAAACGGCCAUGCGGCUAGUGUUGAAUCAAUCAUCAAAGAGUUUGAUAUUGGCAAAGAAAAGGUUCAAGAAACUACAAAUUAUUUCGUUCAGCAGAUAAAACAUGGCUUGAAAGCCAAGUAUUCUUAUCAGAUACCUUCCUUUGUCACCGAGAUACCAACGGGACGCGAAAAAGGAAUGGUCCUUGCAGUUGACCUUGGAGGUACAAACUGCCGCGUCUGUGCCGUUGAGCUAUACGGAGACUCAUCCUUUGAUGUGUUCCAAAGAAAACACGUCGUGCCUCCUGAGUUACGUGUGAACGAUAGCCACAAGCCUCUGUUUCAGUUUAUCGCAUUAAAGAUACGAGAGUUUCUUGAAGAAUACAGACUGCAAAAUAAGAGAGAAGGCGCUUCUCAGGAAACCUUCAACCUUGGAUUCACAUUCAGCUUUACCUGUGAACAGACAUCGAUAUCCCAGGGUACGCUCGUUCACUGGGACAAGGGAUGGGAUAUUCCAAGUGCCAUAGGCCAAGACCCCUGCUCCUUGUUACAAGAAGCAGUUGAUGAAGCAGGUCUACCAGUACGAGUUUGCGUCUUGGCAAAUGAUGCAGUCGGUACACUUCUAACCAAGGCAUACACGGCUGAAGAAUCGAGUUCUGCUCUAGCAGCUAUCAUUCUGGGCACAGGAACCAAUGCUGCUUAUGUCGAGGAAAUUGCGAAUAUACAGAGACUGGAAAACGGCGACAAGAGUACAACAAAGGAUCAAAAUGGCGUUAUGGUAAUCAACACGGAAUGGGGCUCCUGGGACGAUGGGUUAAAAGUUCUCCCCCAGACCCGAUUCGACAAGCUGAUCGACGAGGGUUCUUCCGAUCCCGGGUGUGGCCUCUUGGAGAAGAUGGUGUCUGGUAUGUAUCUCGGAGAGUUGCUACGUUUGAUCAUCUUGGAACUUGUCUUGAAUGGGAGCCUGAGUAUCACAUUCGAGGACGAAAGUCCAGUACAUCGUUACACGGGUAUCGAAACAUCGUUUCUGACCAAGAUCACCGAGUUCGAACCGGAGGACAUAGAAGGGCCCUUGUCCUUCUUGAGGCGGACCCUGGCUGUAAAUGAAGCCACUGGAGAGGAGAUGCGAAAGAUCCAGCGUCUUGCAAAAGCCAUCAUAAAGCGAUCUGCUCGGUUAGUCGGCGCAGGCCUUGCAGCAAUCAUCCUCCAAUCAGGAAGACUACAGUCAAUAACUACGACUCACAAGACAACUACGACAGCACAAACGCAAGAGAUUGCCCAGAAGCCUACCAAACAACCAAAGCGGGGCAAGAUAUCGUCACUGGCUAGACUGAUCAGAAGUAUAUGUGGCUGCCUGCGACCUGACGAAGACACCCAAAUACCGGUUGCUAAAUCACCUUACGGCUCAGAAGAGGUGAUUGAGUCGACAAUACUGGUAGAAGAGGAUAUCAAUAUCGCUGUGGAUGGCUCUCUGUUCGAGUUUCAUGCCGACUUCGAAGAGUUGAUGCGCGGCGCGUUACGUGAUGUCGCCAAGAUUGGGUGUACAAAUGAGAGGAAAAUAACGAUAGAGCUUACUAAGGAUGGAUCAGGGACGGGUGCUGCACUCAUUGCAGCUGUAGCUGGAAAUGCAGGAAAUCAUCAUACAUAG